GAUAGAUAGAUGGAUAGAUAUUAAAAGUAAUUACGUCCCCCCAUGUUAGUGGGUGUGUUUGUGGGGUUACCGGAAAUGACUUUUUCCCUUUCAAAAUAGUGGCAGUGAGCGGGUUAAACCUGACAAUGGGACCGUCCUAUCAAAGCUCAAGCCCCGCGGUGCAGUUCCAGCCCAGCCUUCUGCCUGAGCCGGUGUUUGUGUGUGUGUAAAUGUGUGCGCGCGCGUGUACGUUUGUUUUUGUAUGUGUAUGUGUGUGUCAGUCAUCCCGGCAGCAGCGACUGGCUGGAUACACACACACACACACAUACAUAGUCUUCAGGAGACACGGUCCGCUCCGAGUCAGACGAGUUGCUGCUUCUCGAGUGAACUUUGUUUAAACAGCCUCGCAGUUAUUUGAAGUGAGAGCGGAGGGGGUCCUUCCCGUGUCCGUGUGGAGGUGUACCCGUGUUCAUGAGUCCUUUACUCGGUGCUACCACAGAGCCGCAUGCCGCAGGUCCAACAGGCGAUAACAAGCAGAAAACACCGGUAGACGACGGAAAACGAGAAGUGACAGUAUCCCUGUCAGGUCAGGCGGGAGGAGACCAUGGCCCAAAGUGAUGCAAGCAGAGACUCUCUGGCGCUUAGUAACGGAGGUCACCAUCCCCUUAACGGCAGCACUCCCUUGACCACGUGUACGCUUGUCAGCAACAGCAAGGAGUCCCUCACAGCAGCCUUCAGCACUGAGCGUCUCUCUGCAGACGGAGACGAUGAUGUGUCUGUGAACGGCGCAGCAUCUAAAGUGCAGCAGAAAACCCACAGGGCCCUUGUCCGGAGAACAAACAGACCAAGUCAAAAUGGUGGCGUGGUCAAACAGAAUGGUUCCCUGAAGAACUUUUCCCCUUCGUCUACAGCUGCUGCCACUGCCCCCACUAUUGCCACAGAGUCUCAGAGACUGGUCAGUCGACAUGCGUCCCCUAACCAUUCCACAUUGUCCUCCUCACCUUCUGUCCAACCUUCACCACUUUGUUGCCAGCACUGUCACUUCCACUCUGCCCUCUGCUGCCCCUGUGGACAACCGGAGUGCCCUCUCUUCCAGAACCCGGACACGGGCUCCGGGCCUGGGCUGGUCUCCCACCCUGCGACCACUUCAACCUGCCCCUGCUGCGUCUCUGCCUGCACAUACUCCCACCCCCAUCCUCCUCACUCAUCGUCUCCUCUCUGUCUCAGUCACCAUCACCACCAGCAGUGGCAGGAGCAUCUGCAGAGUCACGCGCACGGCACAAGAAUCAGCCCGGCAAAGCCCCUACGAUUCCCCAAAAGUUAUGCUGAGCUAAUAGCCGAUUGGCCAGUGGUGGUGCUGGGAGUGUGCACGGUCCUCAUAGUGGUGUGUGCCCUUAUCGGGGUUCUGGUGCCUGACCUGCCUGAUUUCUCUGACCCUCUGUUGGGUUUUGAGCCACGAGGAACAGCCAUUGGCCAGAGACUGGUCACGUGGAACAACAUGGUGAAGAACACGGGCUACAAAGCUACGCUGGCCAACUACCCCUUUAAAUAUGCCGACGAGCAAGCCAAAAAUCACCAGGGACCCAGGUGGCCCGAGGACCACUUUGACAGAGACAAACGAGAUGCAGAGUGGGACUUCAGCAAAGAGUUUUUCUGUGACGUGCCAGGUGACAGCUACUCCCGGUUAGUGUUCACGUCUGCGGAGGGGAAGAGCCUUUGGAGCAUUCAGGCCAUUAAAUCCAUGUGCAAUCUGGACAACACCAGGGUACGUUCUCACCGUGACUAUUGGAGUCUGUGUCAGCGCACCAACGACGCCUCCUGCUGCCCCAGCUGGACACUUGGCAACUACAUUGCCGCCAUCACCAACCGGUCGUCCUGCCAGAAGAUCACCGAGCGCGACGUGUCCCACACACUCAAGACACUGCGCUCCUGCGCCAAGUACUACCACAAUGGCACACUGGGUCCAGACUGUUGGGACGUGGCCCUGAGACGGAGGGACCAGUCAAAGUGCGGCAACGUGCCGCGGAAGUGUACGAAGUACAACGCCGUGUACCAGAUCCUGCACUUCCUGGUGGACAAGGACUUUCUCAGUCCCAAAAGUCUGGAGUAUCCUCCGCCUGUGCUGAAAUACAGCAUGCUCUUCUCCCCCACAGAGAAAGGGGAAUCUAUGAUGAACAUUUACUUGGACAACUUUGAGAACUGGAACUCGUCCGAUGGAAUCACCACGGUCGCAGGGAUCGAGUUCGGCAUCAAACACGAUCUUUUCCAGGACUACCUCCUCACAGACACCGUGUACCCAGCCAUAGCUAUUGUGAUUGUCCUGCUGGUCAUGUGCGUGUACACGCGCUCCGUUUUCAUUACGCUGAUGACGAUAAUCGCCAUCAUCAGCUCCCUGAUCGUGUCGUACUUCCUCUACCGAAUGGUCUUCAACUUUGAGUUCUUCCCCUUCAUGAACCUCACCGCCCUCAUCAUCCUGGUGGGCAUCGGGGCGGACGAUGCCUUCGUGCUGUGCGACGUGUGGAACUACACGAAGUUCGACAAGCCUCAGGCGGAGCUGUCGGAGACCGUCAACGUGACCCUGCAGCACGCCGCCCUCUCCAUGUUUGUCACCAGCUUCACCACUGCUGCAGCGUUUUACGCCAACUACGUCAGCAACAUCACGGCCAUACGAUGUUUUGGCGUCUAUGCAGGAACCGCCAUUUUGGUCAACUACAUCCUGAUGGUGACGUGGCUUCCAGCCGUGGUGGUGCUACAUGAACGCUAUCUGCCUAAUGUGUUUUCUUGUUACCAGCCCGCGCACCAGCAGCGAGGUCACUGCUCCACCAUGUUUUGGGCGGGCCUUUGUCAGAAGGCCAACAAGUGCCUGUUUACUGUGACGGAGGCGUCGAGGAUCUUCUUCGAGAAGGUGCUGCCCUGCAUUGUCAUCAAGCUGCGCUACCUCUGGCUCUUCUGGUUUCUGGCCAUCACAGUGGGCGGGGCCUACGUGGUUUGCGUCAAUCCAAAGAUGAAGCUUCCGUCUCUGGAGCUGGCCGAGUUUCAGGUGUUCCGAUCCUCCCACCCCUUCGAGCGCUACGACGCGGAGUACAAGAAACUCUUCAUGUUUGAGAGGGUUCACCACGGAGAGGACCUCCACAUGCCGAUAACCAUCAUCUGGGGCGUGACCCCUCUGGAUAACGGAGACCCCCUGAAUCCCAAAAAUAAGGGAAAGCUGAUGCUGGACAGCAGUUUUAACAUUUCCAGUCCAGCGUCUCAACUCUGGAUCCUCAACUUCUGUCAGAAGCUGAGGAACCAGAGUUUUGUUUUUCAGUCAGAGGAGCAGGACUUCACCAGCUGCUUUAUUGAGACAUUCAAACAGUGGAUGGAGACUCAGGACUGCACCGAGGGCUCCGUCUACCCCUGCUGCAGUCAGUCCACCUUCCCCUACAGGCCUGAUGUCUUCGAGCUCUGUAUCAAGAGGGCCAUCAUGGAGCUGGACCGCAGUACCAACUACCAUCUGGACAGCAAGACCCCCGGACCUCGAUUUGACAUUAACGACACCAUCAGAGCCAUAGUGUUGGAGUUCCAGAGUACCUAUCUCUUCACACUGGCCUAUGAGAAAAUGUACCAGUUCUAUCGUGAGGUGGAUGCCUGGAUUACAGAGGAGCUGCGCUUUGCCCCCACGGGUCUGAGCCACGGUUGGUUCAUCAGCAACCUGGAGUUUUACGACCUGCAGGACAGUUUGUCCGGCGGCACCCUGGUCGCCAUGGCGCUGUCGGUGGCUGUGGCGUUCAGCGUCAUGCUCCUGACCACGUGGAACAUUAUCAUCAGUCUGUACGCCAUCCUGUCCAUCGCUGGGACCAUAUUUGUCACCGUGGGCUCCCUGGUACUCCUGGGCUGGGAACUGAACGUCUUGGAGUCGGUCACCAUUUCCGUGGCAGUCGGUCUGUCCGUGGACUUUGCGGUCCAUUACGGUGUGGCCUACCGUCUCGCCCCGGAGCCCAGCCGUGAGGGGAAGGUUAUUUUCUCCCUCAGUCGCAUGGGCUCCGCCAUAGCAAUGGCUGCGCUGACGACGUUCGUUGCCGGAGCCAUGAUGAUGCCCUCGACGGUGUUGGCCUACACGCAGCUGGGCACCUUCAUGAUGCUCAUUAUGUGCAUCAGCUGGGCUUUUGCUACCUUUUUCUUUCAGUGCAUGUGCCACUGCUUGGGACCCCAGGGUACGUGCGGCCAAAUUCCGCUGCCAGAGAAGCUACAGUGCUACACCUUCACUGAAACGGCCUCGGAAAACUCGUCAUCUUCGGGCAAGGGCUCCGGCCAGGCGAAGUAUCAGCUGGACAGCCACGGUGACCAGGUGGAGCACUACGAGCUAGAGCCGCUAGCAUCCAGUCAGAAAACUGAGGAGCAGGAGGUGUGCGCUCAGCUCUAUAAUGGAAUUCCUCAUCAUCACGGCUCCUUGUAUUCACACAUCCAAUACAAGGGCAAAAACGACACGGCGAGAGCCGGGAUGGAGAACGGCUUUGUUCCGAGGUGCCAGCACUCCCAAAACACAAACUGCACCUCUGGUGACCCCCUCUCUCCUCAGCGGGCCCAGCCGGGGACCCCGCAUCCCUGUGCUCUGCCUCCGCAGGAAUCGACCGCCAGUCCUCCCUCCCCUCAGCUCUGUACGCACUCAGGAAACACACCAUGCAAACAAAACCCUUCCGUCUUAGCUCCCAGCCUGGACCCCGUCUACACACACCUGGAGUGCCCUAUGCAUUACAUACACUGUCACCCAGCCCAUUUCCAUCAGUGCGCGCAGGGAAGAACGACGGCCAGGCCAGGACCAGUGCACGGCUACCAUCUCAAAAGGUACUGCGUUCACUCCGGCCCAGCCAGAGAGCAGCGGUCCACAGAACCAGAACCGGCCUGUAGUCCGGAAGCUGUGGAACAGGAAGGAAAUCAUCCACCCAACAUAAAGGAGUCGAGUAAUGACAGUGGCCAAAGUACAGGCAACUCAGCCCCGACGCAGCAUCAGCCUCGAUGCCCGUCCCCCUCUCUGGACUCGUCGCACACAACUUGUCCGGAGAGACGGAAACCGAAAGAACCAGUCCAUUGUUGUGGCGAUAGAAAUGUACGCACCACAACCGCAGGAACAACAAUGCAAACGGACGCUUGUUGUAAAAUCCCUGGCAACCAGGAGAAGCUCAAAAGUAUUCCCGUCACACGGGAGGAAAGUGUCGGAAAGUUGACGUCGAAAGCAAAGUGCAAUUCAGCUGCGACGUCGAAAGCAAAGUGCAAUUCAGCUGUUCAGCUGAAGUUCAACGUGCCAAAAAGUAAAACCAGCGUGCCUCCAAUUGCAAUAAACACUAAUUCUACUGAGACGAUGUGUUGACGAUGAUUUCGUAUUUCAAUGAAACUUCGCGCAGAACAAAUACCCUACGUCUGGAGAAGAGAGAAAGAAAAAAAAGAUACGGUGCAUUCAGUGUCUCAAUGGUUGUUUGAGAUGUGUUUGCUGACUAAGUGCCUCAAUACGUCUCGGAACAAAAACACACACCUGACGGAACCAGAAACCGUACGGCAAAUACCGUCUCGUUUGUUAAUGUAAAUUCACGUUCAAUCAAACAAACAAACAAACAAACAAACAACUAAACAAAGUCACAUGUUACCAGCUGAUAAGAGUCGCUCGCUGACACCGUCUUCGGUGUUGAACUCCCAUCGUGCUGUUACUGUUUCCACAUGCCUCAAGAUAAGAUGUACAAUUAAAAUACCUUUUUUUAUCUCA